GGCGAAUGUAUGGGAGGGGCUGCGGGUUUUGCCAUAGACAGUCUGUUGAAACUGUCGGACAUUCGCUCCAACAACCCUCGUGUAACGCUGCUGCACUUCUUGAUUCAGGUGAGCCAAGACGGUGUUGUUAAAACCUUAUUCUUUCGCAGGCAUCAGGCACCCACAUGCGGCAGAGUGAUGUCAGAGACCAGGAAAUCAUCAUCAGGCCGGACCCUUGGGAUGGACGGCAGCGGAAUGAGAGGACCAUUCGUAACCGAUGCACCUGAAAAAUUUCUUUUUUUAUCUUUUGUACAGAAAGCAUACGAAUUGAGUUAG